UCUUUCCGGACAAAAACAGGAACGGACCUCUACACUAACUGAGAGGAGAAGAGAGGUGUUGUUGGUUGUGUUGACAGCUGUGGUCUUUCUGUCACUGGCUUUACUAUGAGUUCAGACGCAGUUUUAUUGUUAGAGACGGCUAAUUUUGCCGCAGAGAAACAUCGAAACCAACGACGUAAAGACGAGGAGAAAACGCCGUACAUUAAUCACCCAAUCGGAGUUGCCAGAAUCCUCAGCCAUGAAGCUGGCGUCACAGAUAUCGAGGUUUUACAGGCAGCUCUGCUCCACGACACGGUGGAGGACACAGACACAACUCCUGAGGAGCUCGAAGCAAAGUUUGGGCCGACUGUGGCUCGAAUUGUUCAGGAAGUGACGGACGAUAAAAGUCUUCCCAAACAGGAGAGAAAACGUCAGCAGGUGGAGCAUGCUGCCCACUGCAGCCGCCAGGCCAAACUGGUCAAACUGGCUGAUAAACUGUACAACCUGAGGGACCUGAACCGCUGCACGCCUGUCGGUUGGACAGCCGAGCGGGUUCAGGAGUAUUUUGUGUGGGCAUCAAAGGUGGUGAAAGGACUACGAGGAACCAACUCAGCUCUGGAGGAGAAAUUGGAUGAGUUAUUCAAACAGAGAGGGGUUGAGCUCUGACAACACAGCAACAGUACAACGGAGCACAGACCAGUGAAAUUACAAACACAUAACAGUUAACAGUUUUGUACUCUAAAUUAUAUAAAUAAAUCUCAUUUCAUAUA